AUGCAAACUCAGACAAUUCUCUUAUGUUUCAGCUUUUCCUUUUCAGCUGCUUUUUAUUUCCAUGCUGGGGAGCGAGAGGAGAAAUGUAUAAUCGAAGACAUUCCAAGUGACACGUUGAUAACAGGGACAUUCAAGAUACAGCAGUGGGACAUUGGUAGACAUGACUUUCUUGAAUCUGCUCCUGGCUUAGGAAUGUUUGUGACUGUUACAAACAAUGAUGAGGUAUUAUUAUCCAAGUUAUAUGGUGCACAAGGGACAUUCUAUUUUACUUCACACUCAUCUGGUGAACACAUCAUUUGCUUAGAAUCUAAUUCUACACAGUUUGUGUCAUUUGGAGGGAGUAAGCUGCGCAUCCACUUAGAUAUCCGAGUUGGAGAGCAUGACAUUGAUGCAGUUGUUGUUCAAGCAAAGGACAAAGUUAAUGAAGUAACCUUCACGCUUCAACAUCUAAUUGAACAAAUUGAGCAAAUACUCAAAGAACAAGACUAUCAAAGGGACCGUGAGGAAAAUUUCCGUAUCACCAGUGAAGAUACCAAUAGAAAUGUUUUAUGGUGGGCUUUCGCACAAAUAUUAAUCUUUAUCUCAGUUGGAAUUUUUCAAAUGAAGCACCUUAAAGAUUUCUUCAUAGCUAAAAAGCUUGUUUAA